AGCCCUGAUCGGCUACUGCUACUGCCGCGCUUUUCGAAUGACACUUUUAGCGGAGUACCUGGGGGUUUCACGAUGGUGUCGGUUUCAGAUUAUUUUCUUGAAAGAAAAUUCCGAGCAAAAACAAGCACUCGAACAAGACCUCUUGUGAAUACAACGCAAACAACUGGAAUUAGCCGAGGCGAGCUACAUUUAUUGACAAACAGGACCACGUUCUAUUUUUCACCCAUCAAAACAGACCCAACUUGUGGCGCUCCUUCUGGCAUAUGUCUACGAUUCUUUAACAAGCGAACAAGAAGGAAAGUGGGCCUCUUGUGGACCUGCCAAGCACAAGAGUCCUCCCCUGAUAGUGGCGAUACCACGUCGGAGUCAACAUGGAUGACGACGACGACGACGACGACAACGGCGACACCUACAAUUAACCCCAACCAUUCCUAUUAUCCCCCGCCUCACUCCAAAACGCCCCACAACUGGCGGCCGUACAGCUCUGGCUAUCCCAGCGACCCCAGUAACUGGUGGUGGGGCCAUCGCAGUGCAUCCACCCCGUCUUACGGGCCUUAUGACCCUUAUCAGAAUCCGCACUACAGAACAUACAGAAGUUAUCCUGGCACGUAUUAUUGGAGAAGAGAUGAUACUUAUAAACCGGAUUAUAGCAGUUAUCCUCACGGAAACUACAACUCGUAUGGCAGGUACGGCUACUCCCCUUACAGCUCCUGGGCAAGCCAGCCCCCAUCAAGCUACGGUACUUAUGGCACCUAUCCUUACUCCAGCUAUGGCAGCUCCAGUGUCUACCCUCACUCAGCCUACGGCAGUUACGGUACUUACCCUUACUCCACGACUGGCCGUAACGGUUACUACCCUUCUUCAAAUUACAAUAGUUACAACACACAACCCUACUCGACAUACGGUACCUACCCUUACUCCAGUUAUGGAGUCAGCCAUCCCUACCCUACUUACAGCGGCUACCCUUAUUCAUCUUAUUCAAGCUAUGGAAGUGGCUAUCCUUAUUCAAGCUAUGGAAGUGGCUAUCCUUAUUCAAGCUACAGAAGCAGCGACCCUUACUCGAGCUCAGGAAGCCAUUCGAGCUACCCCUCCUCAGGUUACGGCAGCGUAUACCCAUACUCUAGCUAUGCGAGCACCCCUUAUAACUACGGAACAUACAGUAGUACACCCUAUUACUACGGAAGCUACGCCGCCAACUCCCAUAACUAUGGAGGCCACGGCAACAACCCGUAUUCCUAUGGAAGCUACGCCACAGACCCCUACUACGGAAGAUACGGUGUCAACCCUUACUACAGCAGUACAAGCUACAAUAGUUAUCCCAGGUACAACUACCCAAGCAAUUACGCCAGGAGUUACGAUACUAGCGGAGCGCCAAAUGCUAACCCCACCAACUGGGCGUGGAACUGUUACUGGUAUCCAAAUACGUACGCCACCGCAGGUAGUUCCCAGGUCUACACAACUGCGCAGAAGCCAUCAGCCACGCACAGUUCGUCGGGCUACGGUCGUAGGGCGCUCAUGGAUGAAGGUGAGACAUCGAAGAGCGUUUCGAGAGCGCUUCGAUCUCUGCAGGACCAGGCACCCGAAACGUUUUCUAACGAUCCUGCAAAAGAUGAGGGAAAGCUGAUGGCCUUUGUGUAUUCCCGUGCUCGUAUCAACUCAGACGAGUCGGCAGAGAAAAGUAGCGUGCAGUCUUCUGAUGCUACGAAUGAGGACGACGACCAGCAACUACCACAGGUGUCAGAGGAAGAUAAUGGAAGUGACAGCAAAAAAAGCCAGUUCUUCCAAGACUUUCUGCAGCGGAUGAGGUCCGAUGCUUCAGAAACUGAGCGUACGGUGCAACAACUGAGGACCAUCUUCUUGGCAUUCAAGGACCGCGUCGACGAGAAAGAGGAGCCUCCAGCAGAACAGGACGUCUACUUUGAUCCAUCCAUGCCCUUUAGUGAAAGAAUCAAGAUUUUGACUUCAUAUUACGGGAUGCUGCCAAGUUCACCUGAACCCGGAACAGAGGAAAAGACGUUGACUUCUGGAGACGACUCAAAGAGUUCUGAAGAGAGUACAUCUCAGGAGAAUGCAUUAGUUGGGGACAAAGAAGAAUCGGGCAAGUCAUGGGCUAGACUUCGGAUGGCGGGUAGUGUCAAGCUUGACCUAGGCCUUGGAGGCAAAAAGUAUGCGCAGCUCAUGAAGAGUCUGCAGCUCUGAGUACCCUCAUCAAUAAAGUAUACUGAAAACGUC